CGUUCCAAUAAUGUCCUUGCGGUUUCCCCCCUGUGGAGGUACAUGACGUCACUGUAGUUGUGUCGAGGAGAAAAGCAUAGACGAAAGAUUUACCCCUUAAUAACACCGAUUCGAUAGAUUUUCAUGACCAAAGUAUACGUUUUUACGCUUUGAAUCAUGUCUACUCCCGCUAGAAGACGACUUAUGAGAGAUUUCAAAAGACUUCAAGAAGACCCCCCAACUGGCGUGAGUGGUGCUCCAUCAGAGAAUAACAUCAUGAUGUGGAAUGCUGUUAUUUUUGGGCCUGUGGGUACACCAUUUGAGGAUGGAACUUUUAAGCUUGUGAUAGAAUUUUCAGAAGAGUACCCUAACAAGCCACCCACGGUUCGAUUUAUCUCCAAAAUGUUUCACCCAAAUGUCUAUGCAGAUGGAAGUAUAUGUUUAGACAUCCUUCAGAAUCGUUGGAGCCCCACGUAUGAUGUGUCUUCCAUUUUGACGUCUAUCCAGUCCCUGUUGGAUGAGCCGAAUCCUAACAGUCCAGCCAACAGCCAGGCUGCACAGCUUUAUCAAGAAAACAAGCGGGAGUACGAGAAGAGAGUUUCUGCCAUCGUGGAGCAGAGCUGGGUAGACUCCUAACAUCUCCCCCACCCCCUCAUCACUCCUAUCAAAUGCUUCAAUCUGUCAUUUACCUCAUCAGAAAAUAAGUCGACAUCAGAAGAACUUAAGUGCCACCAGAAAGAGAAAGUAGGGACUUUUACUUGCUUGCCAACACAUUUGAA